GUUUUGAGAGAGAAGUAUGCGUGGGCGUUGUUAUUGCUUUGCUUACUUGACGCGUGUUCUGUCUCAACGACGAAGUCCAACUGCCGAAGCACUUGUGGAAAUCUCACAAUCGAGUUCCCCUUUGGAAUAUCCUUGGAUUGUGCGUACGACGAGAGGUUUCUCUUAAGAUGUGACGAGAAGGAGCAGAAGCUGUUUACGAAUAGCAGUAAUCUUGAAGUCAAGAGCAUUUCGCUGCAAGGAGAACUGGAAGUGCUAUUGGGUGUCAUCCGGGCCUGCUCUAACGUGAGAACCACAGGAAGCUACGAACACAUAGAAGAUGGUGGCUUCGCUUUUUCCAGCAAGAACGAUGUCACAGUAGUUGGUUGUAGUACUGAAGUCGUUUGGCUAUAUUUUACGAAAGUUAGAGAGACAAGUGGUACAUGCUCCACAGAGUGCAGAUCCUCGCAGCAGAUGGAUGAUUCAUGUUCUGGUUAUGGCUGCUGCAAAGUACCAAUCCCAAGCGGAGCCUACCAUUUAGAUGUAGAGCCUGUAUCGAGCUACCGUGAUGGGUCAGAACACAUGGGGAAGUUAAAUCCCUGCAUCUACGUAUUUCUCGUCAAGGCUGGAUAUUUCAUCUUCGACCUUCAAAACCUCCGCAACGUUACAAGGUUUCCGGUCAUACUUGACUGGGCCAUGAAAGGAACUUGCGACACAAGCUUCUGUGGAGAGAAGAGCAAUUGCUACAAUAAUAUUUCUAUAAGGGGAGAUGAGCAUUCCUGCAAAUGUUUAAAGGGGUUUGAGGGGAACCCCUAUCUUCAACAUGGCUGCAAAGUAAGCGUCAUUGGAUUCUUGCUCUUUUUGAUCGGAAUCUGCUGCCUCAUUCUAAAACUCAAGCUCUGGAAACGGGCCAAGCUUAAAGAAAGGCGUUUUGAAGAAAACGGUGGGAUUUUGCUAGUACAGAGACUCUUAGACGAGGGCCCACAGUCAUCGAAUGCUUCUAUCAAGAUCUUCACAGAGAAAGACAUCAAGACAGCGACUAAAGGCUAUCACAAGACCAAAAUCCUUGGUAGAGGAGGCCAAGGGGUAGUAUACAAAGGGAUACUCUCAGACGGCGUUCAAGUUGCCGUCAAAAAAUCUCGAGAUUUGGACCGUGACCAAGUUGCACAGUUCAUCAAUGAGCUACUCCUCCUUUCUCGAAUCAACCAUCCACACGUGGUGAGCCUUUUGGGUUGCUGCCUAGAAACACAAGUUCCCCUUUUGGUCUAUGAGUUUGUCUCUGGUGGAACUCUUUAUGACAACUUGCUCGGUUCUUGUCUGUCUUGGUCUGAUCGCUUGAGGAUUGCCGUGGAGAUCGCCGAGACUCUAUCGUACCUGCAUUUCUCUGCUCCUGUUCCAAUUGUGCACCGUGACGUAAAGCCUGCGAACAUACUUUUGGAUGAAAUGUUAUCUGCAAAACUAGCUGAUUUUGGAGCGUCUAGGCUUGUCCCUGCAAACACUGAGCAGCUUACAACAUUGGUCCAGGGCACCCUAGGUUACUUGGAUCCAGAGUACCUGCAGACAAGCACAUUCAGCGACAAAAGUGACGUCUACAGCUAUGGCGUCGUCCUCAUGGAGCUGGUUUCGGGAGAAAAGUCCUUGUGCUUUAACCGGCCACCUGUGAGUCACUUGGAAUCUGCUCUGAGAGAGAACCGGUUGAGUGACGUUAUGGAGCAGAGGGUGGUGAAUGCAGAGAACCACGGAGUGGUCUAUCAAGUAAAAAAAUCUAACGUAAAAAAUGUUCCAAAAAAAAGUAUCUAA